CCCCCAGUGUGUCUAGCUAACAAGCUCAGGUGUGUCUUAUUAUUAAACUCCUAGUGAAACCAGGACUGGAUCACCUACAGCCCUGUAAUUAUUGUAUACAGGGUUUUUUUUGUCACAAAAGUUUUUAAAAUUCUAGCUAGAUUAAUUUUCUUUGCAUAUUCACAAACCUUGAAUUAGUUCUUUUGUGAUCCCCCCCCCACAAGCUGGUUCAUUUUCGUCUCAUAAAAAAGUAAAUCAUUAAUGUCUAUCAGCCAGGUGUUUUACCUUUUCACAGGUGUGUGACAAAUUACGCUUUCGUUUUUCAAAACUCGACUUCCCUUGCAGUUCUCUGUCAGUUAUUUUAUUGCAAUCUUCAACGGCUUGCACCUUUGUGUGUUUUUUUUUUUUUAAAAGGUAAGUCGGUCAAACAGCGGUGUGUCGCGUUCAGGGAAACAGAUUCGGUUUAUAUUGCUGUAAAAAAAAAAAUAGGAUCAUUUUUAAUGUACGUAGCAACCCGUAUCUCAUCAAAACGUUGUGUAAAGGUUACAGAUAAGCUGACGCUAAAGAUUGUGUGAAUAUCAUUAAUUCUGUUUAUAUGUACCAUUGUAUCUCUGCCUGUCGAUGUAAUGAGAUUCAAAUGUUUUAUAUAAUUGAUUCUUUGUUUAAGACUUUGUCACUGUCGAUACGGAUGGAGUCACUUCAAUUUGAUUUCUUUCUUUGCACGUUGGGUCUCUUUUUAUUUGGUUGUAAUUUAGUAAAUUUGUACUUUGAUCGUAAACCACAGCAACCGAACCUCAGUGAAUUGCGUUUUAUUAUAUAUUGUACUUUGAACGUGAUAACAGCGCUGUGUUUUUUUUAACAGGAAGUUACAGCUGUGACAUUUUAGGAUUGAGACAUUAAACUACAAAAUGAUAUCGCCAAAAAAAAGUCUAUACCGGAAGCCAUAAUAGUAGCACAGUAGUAGAUUUGUGAAAUGUCACAUUUUUCAAUUGUCAGUUUUUCUUUUAAGUAUCUGGAAAACUAUACAAAGCGCUGGGUGUGGAAUUCAAUAUGUUAACAAGGGAACAUUAUUCAGCAGCUUUCAUUGGACUCUAUGAAGCUGAGGGAGUUCAUUCUAUAUAGAGGGGGUGGAAUUCAAUAUGUUAACAAGGGAACAUUAUUCAGCAGCUUUCAUUGGACUCUGAAGCUGAGGGAGUUCAUUCUAUAUAGAGGGUGUGCAAUUCAAUAUGUUAACAAGGGAACAUUAUUCAGCAGCUUUCACUGGACUCUAUGAAGCUGAGGGAGUUCAUUCUAUAUAGAGGGGGUGGAAUUCAAUAUGUUAACAAGGGAACAUUAUUCAGCAGCUUUCACUGGACUUUACGAAGCAAGGUUAGUUCAUUCUAUAGGGUGGUGCAAUGCUUUUGACCAGAGCUGUGCUGUGAGUACCUGCAGGUUUUGAAGUGUAAUAUACGGUGGCUGACAGCAUCAUCAAUAGAACCACUUCUGUUGUAAACGCAGGAAAGCAAAUCUAUAAUUUAAACAAAAGGGGAGAGGAAAGGAAGAUAGCCGCGUUGUAUCAUGUUUGGGGAUUUCGAAAGCAGAACAUGUUUACAGAUAGCUAAAGCAUUUUUUUUUUGUGGUUUUGUCUGAGCAGUGGCUGGUUUUGCUGAUCGGUAGAGACGAUGUCAAAGAGAAAUACAGCCCAAGAAACCGCUGCUUCAGGAAUCACUGGCAGUGUAUCCAAGAAUUUCGUCGGUCUCCACUCGCUUAUCACCGCGACCUGUGACCCCGCUUCCUGCAGCUGGUAUAUCCCUGGUCUUGGCAGCGCAGGGAAUUCCCUGAGAAAGCCCGGAUCUCAAACGGCCGGUGAACGGACCGUGGAAGAGUGUCAGUGCUUCAUCAUUGAACUGACAAGGGAGCUGAACAGAAUCUUGAAGAACUCCGCUGUUCCUCGCGAUUUCUCUGAAAAAGAUGCCUGCAGCCCGGAAGAUUCUCGCCGCUUCAUCGAGAAAUGGGCCAGCGAGCUAGACCAACUUUUCCAGAUUUCUAAGAGAAGAGGGACUCCGGCUGUGAAGGACAGACUGAAGGAAUGCCAGCGGAUCAUUUCGGAGUGGGUCAAUCCUCUCAAGAGAAUGCCAGAGGAGUCUGUCUCCUUUGGGAUACAUAUGGAUCAGGGUGUUGCGGAGCUGGUGAAGGAGUGGAAACAAGGGAAGCUGAGAAACAUCUUGCCCAUCCUGGAGUUCAUCCUGUGGGCUCUGAUCAGAGAGAGAAGUAUUUCUCAUACCGAGAAAAGAACGCAGCAUACCAGUGUGUUUUCCCCAUAUACUUUACAUUCUCCCUCUCCAUCUUUGCGUAAUGUGACUCUGGACUUUGAUUCGCCCCCCCCCCAGAAGAUUAAUCGUUCUUCAUCCUUUACAGUUGAUUUGACUCUGGAACCUUCUUCAGCGAAUUCCAACUUCCUCCUGUCCGAGGAUAGGAAGCGAGUGAGGAGAGGGACCAGGCAAGCUCCCGCUGUCGAUCCCACGAGGCUGGAUCGCUGGCCCUGCGUGCUGAGCAGAGAGGGCUUCACCUCGGGGAGACACUACUGGGAGGUGGAGGUGGGGGGAAACACCUACUGGAAAGUGGGCGUCACCAGAGAAUCUGCUCAGGGAAGGGGUGGAGAAUUUGACAUGACCCUCCAGGGUGGUUACUCUACCCUCUGGUGGGAUGGAUAUCAGUUUUGGGCUGUCACUGACCCUCGGAGCCCCCUCCCCCUGAGCCUGAAGCCUGGGAAGCUGGGGGUGUAUCUGGAUUAUGAGGGAGGGCAGCUCUCCUUUUACAAUGUGGAGACCAGAUCUCACAUCUACACUUUCACUGACCUGGAGUUCAACGGCAGUGGGAAGGUCUAUCCAGUGUUCUAUACCAGAGAUUGGAAAAAAGAGCUGGUGCUAGCGCCCCCUGGUGGCUCGGAAGAUUAAACGCACGUCUGAAUCAGGAAUCUAUUCGAAGAAAUCGGUCUCUCAUUCACGUUUGCUGUAUGUCGAGGCGUUUUUUUGGUUUUCACUACAGCUGAGCUCUUGGUUAAUUAACCAAACCUUUAAUUGAACUAUAAUAAUCAUUUGUUUAAUUAGACUUUUUUUUUUUAAUUGUUCCCAGCUCUUAAAAUCAGUUACAGAUUUCAAGUUACUUCUAAAAUGUUUAUAAUAGUUAACUUGGAAUCUCAAACUGUGUUUGUUUUAAGAGCUGAAAAUAAUAAUAAAAAAAGGUUAAGCAAAUUAUCAGUUCAAUUAAGGGUUUAGUUAAUUAAUUGAGAACUCAGAACACACACAGGGGGGUCCCCAGGACUAGGUUUGAGACUCUCUGCUGUAAAUGUUCACUGAAGAAAACUCGUAUUCUCUUCCAGUCAACACUAGCCUUGCCUAAAGCAGGGGGGGGGUCAAACUCAGUUCCUGGAGGGGGGGCCGCGGGGUCUUGUGGCUUCCGUUCACCCCUGAGCUCUCCGUUACUUAAUUGGUCUAAUUAUUUGAUUAAUUGGAACAAAUGUAACACCUCUCUCCAGGACUCAGGACUUGAAGCAGGUGUGUUUUUGAAAUCAUCAUCAACCUUAAAAGACCUUGAAAGAAAAAUAUGAAAUAUGUUCAGUUGAACAAAUAGUUAGAUCAGUGAAGUUAAUUGAGAGUUUAUGUUGGAAGGAAAGUCAGAAGACCCCACGACACACGAGGACUGGAGUUUGACAGAGACAGAGAGACUGAAAAAAAAAGCUCAAGGGAAGUGCUAGAGGGGCAUUUUGAUAAAGUGGCUUCAUUUUCUCUGUGUUGAGAGCUUCAUAGCCAGUGUGAAAUUUCACUGAAAUUAAUUUUUAUUUAUAUCUCCAUAUAAAUAAAAAUUAGUAAAUAAUUAUGCUUGUCAUUUUAUACUUCUAAAGACUGAACACUUUGAUUUUAAAAUGUUUAAAUUUACAUAAAUAAACCUUGUGUUUUGAGUGAUUUAAUUUUAUUUUUUCAAAUCAAAAUGUAUUUGGUACUUAAUGAGUUAAGAUUCUCAAACACGAUCACAGGAGA